GAGUGGGUUAGAAAGAUGAGCAACAAGAAGAAGAUGGGGAACGGGGAGAAGAUGGCAGUGGCGGCCGCCAUAGAAUCGAUUGGGCUGGGUUACGACCUGGCCGAGGAUUUGAAGCUUAAGUACUGUAAGAGGAACUCGGCCGAACCCAGGCUGAUCGUCAUCGAUGAUGAUCACCGCGACUUGGUCGUUCCCGGUAGACUCUCCAUUCCAAAUGUGCCCAAGUCAAUCAAGUGUGAUAAAGGCGACCGUCUGAGGUUCGCCUCUGAUGUUCUAUCUUUUCAGCAGAUGUCAGAGCAGUUUAACAAGGAAUUCUCUCUUUCUGGUAAAAUCCCCUCGGGCCACUUCAAUACUGCAUUUGAAUUCACAGGAAGCUGGCAGAAAGAUGCUGCCAACACUAAAAGCCUUGCUUUUGAUGGUGUCUUCAUCACACUCUACAACAUUGAACUAGAAAAAUCACAGGUGGUAUUGCGUGAUCAUGUUAAACAAGCUGUACCAUCAUCAUGGGAUCCUGCUGCAUUGGCAAGGUUUGUUGAGAAGUAUGGCACACAUAUUAUUGUUGGAGUGAAAAUGGGGGGCAAGGAUUUAAUAUAUGCGAAACAACAGUAUUCAUCACCUCUCCAACCUGCUGAUGUACAGAAGAAUCUGAAGGAUAUGGCAGACAAGAUGUUUGCAGAUGGGAAUGGACAGCAUGGAAUGAAUUCAAUUGGGAGGCAGAAGUUCAUCAAGGAGAGUGGGAUCCCCUUUAUAGAUGCAGUUCAAUCUGGUUCUUACUACCAUAAUGAGUUGCAGGAUGUUAAAUUCACAUGCAAGAGGAAAGGAGGAACCUUGAGUAGAGGUCUAUCUCACAAUGAGUGGUCUCAGACAGUUCAGUUGGAACCUGAUGUGAUCUCAAUGUCAUUCAUCCCGAUCUCAUCAUUGUUGAGUGGACUUCAUGGCAGUGGCUUUUUGAGCCAUGCCAUCAAUCUUUAUCUUCGAUAUAAACCGCCAAUUCAAGAACUACAUCAGUUUUUGGAGUUUCAACUUCCAAGGCAAUGGGCGCCAGUAUUUGGUGACAUUCCCCUUGGUCCAGAUCGGAAGCAGCAUAGUGCAUCUUUACAGUUCAGCUUAAUGGGUCCUAAGCUCUAUGUUAACAAAACUCCAGUUGAUGUGGAAAAGAAGCCAGUUACUGGCCUCCGGCUUUAUUUGGAGGGAAAAAGAAGCAACUGCUUAGCAAUUCACUUGCAGCACCUUUCCUCACAGCCAAAGACCUUUCAACUCAAGGAUGAACCGAAUUACAAAGUCUCUCACCUAUCAUCUGACCGCAGGUACUACGAAAAGGUUCAGUGGAAGAGCUUCUCUCAUGUGUGCACAGCCCCGGUCGAGUCUGAUGAUGAUCUCUCUGUUGUUACUGGGGCACGCUUUGAAGUUAGCGACUCUGGAUUGAAGAAAGUUUUAUUCUUACGGCUCCAUUUCUCUAAAGUUAUUGGCACCAUGGCUGUUAAAAGUGAGUGGGAUGGUUCCCCUGGCUUGGCCCAAAAAUCUGGAAUAAUCUCGACCUUGAUCAGCACCCGUUUCUCAAAUGCUCAAAAACAGCCACCUCGGCCAGAUGAAGUGAACAUAAACUCUGCUGUGUAUCCUGGGGGCCCUCCAGUGCCAACCCAGACACCGAAGCUUCUAAGAUAUGUUGACACGACAGAGAUGACAAGAGGGCCACAGGACUCACCUGGUUACUGGGUUGUAUCUGGGGCGAGGCUUCUUGUUGAGAGGGCUAAAAUCUCUCUCAAAGUCAAGUAUUCUCUCUUGACAGUGAGUUUACCUGAUGAAGAGGUCCCUGAGGAUUACUAAGGUAUGGUAUAAUUUUUCUAUGGGAAGGGAGGAUGAUCAAAGAAAAUAGAGAAUUAUACAUCUACACAAGAAAUGAGGAUUAAUUGGUUUUUGGGUGUCUCUCACGCUGUGUUAAAUUUGUGUUGGAACUUGGAUGUUUUGGCGAGCUGAUUGUAUAUAAAAUUAUUUAUUCUUUGUGUAAAUUUUGCUUUAUUUCUUGUAGAUUAAGCAUUACUGUAGCCAACAUUAAUAUAUUUGUAUCGUACAAGAAAUUCACUUUGGUGGUGGUUGCUCUC